GUGUAUAUUUGACUGAUCUUACAUUCAUCGAAGAUGGUAAUCCCAACAAUCUUAAAAAAUCUCGAUUGAUUAAUUUCUCAAAACGCAUGAAGACAGCAGAAGUGAUACGUGAAAUUCAACAGUAUCAAUCUGCACCUUAUAAUCUUAAUCCAGUACAAGAAAUACAAACCUUUAUACGGUGUCAUUUGCAGGAUAGUCGAGAUGUUGCAGAUUUGUAUGAACUAAGCCUUAGCAUGGAGCCAAG